UUGCAGUUUCUGGCCCCUUCCCACUCUGACCCAGGUCUCCUCCCAGGAGCUCUUAAUUCUUGCCAGGCAGAAGCCGCCGCGGUACCCGCUCCAUCCGGCAGGCAUGCUCAGUCCUGGGGCCAGGUUUUGACUGCGGGACCGGCAGCACCCGGCCAGCGGUGAGCGCCACGGGUGCGGGUCCCUUUAAAUCGGGCUAACCCGUUGCUAGGCGACCGUGCUGCCCGCUCUGGCGCUGCACUGCGGAGACUCAGCCCCGAGCCGGCCCGGCUGGGUCGCUGUGAUCAGAGCCUAACUAGGGGCUGCCAUGCGCCAGUGGUGGCUCCUUUAAGGAAGAGAAUAUCUGGUUCUCCAGACCGCACCCACGCUUCCAGAUAUUGGAAGGAUUGCCCAAUGAAAAUAUUAAUACAAGAAAACACUGGAAAGAGAAAAUAUUUACUCCUUUAUCUAGUGCACGGGAUGUUCUAGAAGGAACUUCUCAUUGCGACUCUUCCUCUGAAGAAAUGACAAGAGGCAACGGAAACGGAAAUGAAGAAAUAUAUCAUUUUUCCGGCAGAAACUGUCAAGAAAAAAAUAAAUUUACUAUGAAAGGAUACAUUUUCCAACUAAAUGAAAUAGAAAAAAAACCACGUAUAGGAGAGAGGAAGGUAAACAUUUCAAGGAAUGACAGAGUCACAAAUUCAUCUUCCUACGAAUCAUCUCAGUUCGAUGUGACAACGGAAGAAAGCCAUAACAGCACGGAAGAUGCAGAGAGCUGCAGGAAGUAUGACGUACGAUUACUGCGACAAUACGUUAAGAAUAAGUUUAUUGAAAGAAUGCAUCCAAAACAUUGCAUGUGUUUUUUGAAUGAAGAACUAGAAGAACUCGAAACGAAAUGUAGAAAACCAGAAAAUAAAUUAGAAAAUGUUGAAAAAGAAUGUUUGUACUCCAAAAAAGAGGUAUUCAGAAAACCUGUAAACUUUGAAGAAAGACACCAGUGUGGUUCACAAAGCGACUAUGAACUUCAAACUUUAAGAAAUGACGGGUCUGAGAAAGCAACAAAUGCAAAGAGCUUAACUAAACAGCUCCAGCGAGCCACAGAGCUCAUAUGUGACUUAAGUAGGGAAAAUAGAGAUUUGAAAGAAACCCUUAAAAAGUUAAAGCAUCAAACCGAGUUUGGAUAUGUGCUCCUAAAAGAAGAAAUGCAAUUUAAUCGUGAAUUAGAAAUGGCAAAGAUCCAUAGACAACUCACCGACCUCAAGUAUGAACUGAGAGCUGAGAAGCGCCUACGAGCAAUAAAUGACAGAGCCUUGGACUUGCUUACAAAACAGCUUGCCUGGAUGUCAAUAUCAAGUAUCCAUAACCACUUUACUGGGCAUUUUUUUUAAAACUUAAAAAAGUCCUUUCAUUAGGCAAGUCAUUGAGCCAAAUCGUACUUUCUUCAUGUACUACUUAAAAUAUAUGUAGUAAAAUGUAAUUUUCAUUUUUGGUGAAUCACAGUAUAUACAUUCACUCAAAAACACAUAUUGAUUCACCAAAUCAUUUAUGAAUACAAAUCAACAGCCGUUUUGUGAUCUUGUAAGCAAUAUGUCCUUGGCACGUGAAUAUUGUUCCAUCUGCUCAUUGACGUUAACAAUAAAAAUCUUGUUUAUGUGUAUAAGCAUAA